AUGGAAAACUCUUUACGAAGUUACAGACUUGUGCUUCUUCUACUAGCAAUUGCUCUGGUCCUAUGUCUAACCAUGAUUGAGCUGAGUCUUCUUAUUAUAGCUGACGGAGCGUUAGACACUAACAGCAAGGUUUGUGUAGUGUAUCUUGGCAAAAGAGAACAUGAUGAUCCUGAACUUGUCACAGCUUCUCAUCAUCAAAUGCUUGAAUCACUUCUUCAAAGCAAAGAAGACGCACAUAACUCAAUGAUCUACAGCUACCAACAUGGAUUCUCUGGUUUUGCAGCACUUCUUACAUCUUCACAAGCAAAGGAAAUUUCAGAGCAUCCAGCCGUAAUCCAUGUUAUACCAAACCGGAUUCUGAAACUGAAAACCACAAGAACUUGGGAUCACCUUGGCCUCUCCCCAAUUCCAACUUCUUUUACUUCUUCAUCAUUAUCUGUAAAAGGUCUUCUUCAUGACACCAACUUGGGCAGUGAAGCUAUCAUCGGUGUCAUCACACGAGGGAUAUGGCCAGAGUCAAAGGUAGUCAACGAUCAAGGUCUUGGACCAAUACCUAAGCGUUGGAAAGGAAAAUGUGAACCAGGAGAACUCGCCACACUACAUUGCAACAAGACUAAGUACUAUCUUAAGGGUCUACUCGCCGAGAAUGGGGGAAAAUUCAACAGAACAAUCAUCCAAGAUUUCAAAUCCACCAGAGAUGCAAACGGUCACGGCACGUAUACAGCCACAAUAGCCGGUGGCUCAUUCGUUCCAAAUGUGAGCUUCUAUGGUCAGUGCCGGCCAGACAAUCAGGAGUGCCCUAAGCAAAAAUAA